AUUACAUCACCAGCACAAUUCACCAUCCUCCACCAACAGACCAAAGUAGGUUCAAAUGAAACGCAUAAAGGCUGAUAAAUCGAUUGGCACCACGGGAAUAUACCCGCCCCCUUCCUCCGAAUAUAUCGAUGUCUCACUAGUCUGAACAUGCCCUUCUAUUUGCGUUCGCCUACUUACUUAAUCUCAACGUCUACUGUUCUUCCUUCAGUCUCAGCCUUCUUCUCAGCGAUAAUGUCGGCCUAUCCAGGUCGGCCUAUCUUUGUGUGUAAUGUCGCUUCCUCCUCCUUGUCCAUGGUAUCUUACCUGUUGAACAGCAUAAACAUCUUUGCACCUUGAAAUCUCCUAUCUAUCCCAAGAAAACGCCUUCAUAGGACUCCAAGUAGUCCAGAGUUGCGUGCCAUGAUUUCUAUUCCAAAUGAGCCCACUUACUUCAUGAACACUAUGUGAUCUGGUCCGCUGCUCUGCUCUUUUGGCUCGGGUGUUAAAGUUUAUUAGCCGUUUCCUUAUUUUGGUCUGAUGGUUGAGUGUGUGUAUUGUGUGUAGACUUACUAACCAAAUUUAUUUUUAGCUUCUGGACUGGAAAUUUGUGACCUGGAAAUUUCGCGCGCACUAAAUUUUAUCCACGUUUAAGCUUUCUCUCCAAUGCAAGUUAAGCUCCACAGAUUGUUUGUACAACACAAGUUAAAGGUGCUUGCAGCUAUACUUGGUGUCUUGGUAUGUUUGCAAUUGCUCACCAAUCGUAAUGUGGUCAUUGAGAAAACCAUAAACACCGGUGACCAGAAGGGACCUCUGAAAGAUCCGCUAGAGUUCGGCCAGAUCACCCCAUCACAACCCGCCCCUGAAGACCAUGUUCCUGGCGGCAUUCAAGAGGACAUCAUGAAGGUGGCUGCCGAAGAUCCCGUGAAGGGUUCACCUGAGUAUGACGAUUCUUCUGUGCCAACAAACAAUCUCCCAAAGAAGGUCCUUGAGUCUUUAAGGGAUUUCACCCUAUUUUUCAACGGCGUAGAAGAUUAUGCUAUCAAAUCUCCUUCGAUUAAAGACAAGUACAAAAAGGAAAGAGCACGGGAGAUUUUCGCCUCUAAUAAAGAUUUUCUCUUCUCUAAGGAAUACUUGGAAAAUGUGUUGGACAUUCCUCAGUCAACUUUUGAAGAAUUGAAAAGGUCUCAUACCAACUAUGUGGAAAAACACAUGAACAAACUUCUUUAUAAGUAUAAGCUAUCAACGUUUGGAAAUUUAUUGGAAACGGAUCCUGAAUGGAACUCGUACAAGGAUACCAAAGGUUACGUUUUAAUAGGAGGCGGGCAAUACAGUUGGCUUUCCUACUUGGUUAUCAAACAAAUUAGGGCCACUGGAUCGACUCUUCCCAUUGAGUUGUUUUUUGCAUCACGUGAAGAAUACGAAAAGGAGUUCUGUGAAGACUUGUUACCUGGUUACAAGGUUAGGUGUAACGUAUUUGCCGAUGAACUCUCGACCGAUUUGAAAGAGCGGUUUGAUCUUGGUGGGUAUCAAUAUAAGAUGUUGGCUAUUUUGAGCUCCCAAUUUGAGAAUGUCAUAUACUUGGAUUCUGAUAACUUUCCUGUGAGAAACCCAGAAGGUAUACUAGAAUCUUCCUUGUUCAAGGAAACAGGGUUAAUUCUUUGGCCCGAUGCCUGGGCCAGAACCACUAAUCCUAAGUUCUAUGACAUUGCUGGAGUUGAUGUGAAGGAAAAGAAAACCACCCAUAAUAAUUAUGACAAGGCUCAUGGAGAGAAACCUCUUGGCGAGUGCACCUUUGCUGAUUCGUGGUACCAUACUUUUGAAGGCACUCUUCCAGAUCCAACCUCUGAAACUGGGAUGAUGAUGAUCAAUAAGACUAAGCAAGUAAGAACAUUACUUUUGAGUUUGUACUAUAACUUGUUUGGACCUCACUUUUAUUACCCUUUGAUGACUCAAGGAUCAGCAGGUGAAGGUGAUAAAGAAACCUUUAUUGCAGCUGCUCAUGUUUUGGGAGAACCGUACUUCCAAACUGCCAAACCGUUCUUGUGGGUUGGAUAUAUGAGGGAAGAUGCCCAGAAGUUUGCGUCCAAAGCUUUAGGUCACUACGAUCCCGUGCAAAGUCAACAAGACCCCGACGGCGACCUUGACUUUAUGUUUAUGCAUUUAUCGUACCCCAAGUUCUAUCCAAAUUGGCUUGUGGAUAACCAUGACUUGGUAUACGCAGAGCUGGGCAAACACAUCAGAAUGUACAGUGACAUUUAUUCCAAUGCCGGCUACGACUUUGACUUGAGAGUAUUGCAGUUCUUUACGCAAGGAUUGUGUGAAGCCUACUACGAUGAAAAAGGAGUAUCCGUAUUUGGAGAUAAUUUGAAGAAAAACACCGAGUAUAUGGGGAACUACCUUGCGUAUGUUAAGAACGACCCCGAAAUUGAAGCCAAAAGGUGCAGAGAAGUAUUUAUUCCUCAUUUGAAAUGGUUGAAAGAAACCACCCAAUUCCCCCACCUGGUGGUCCAACCGCAUGGAGAGUGGUAGUUUAGCUCUAGAUAAGCAUGUUAUAGAUUUGAUAAGAACUUGAUGUAUAUGAGUCAGCUUCCCAAAACGGGUGUGGAUCUAAAUUCCGCAGGAGUCGCAAAUUACGAAAUGUAAAAUAGUAUUAUUGACUCCAACUUAUAUA